CUCAAGAUGAACUCCUUGUAAGCAUGGAUCAUGUCAACAAUAGUAUUACACGUGGCUCGACAGUUGAUGCCAUGACGAUCUAGGAUUUCAAGUCCUGUGACUUGUUUAAACGUGUUUUAAAUAGAGAUUUAAUCAAAGAAAGGGGUCGUCUUCCAUGAAAGUCCUCGAAUGUUUGCUCAACAACAACUCAUAUGUCACCAAAAGCAACUAGUGACAGAAUGACAGUCCCGCGAUCGGAGACCGGAAGACGAUCCGCGCUGAACUUUGCUCAUCAUUCAGCCACACCGCAAGAGUCAUUGGGUGAAACGUAGCGCAUCUACGGACGGAUACCGACGAUAUCCUACGGAUACUGCAGGUUUGAUCCAAAGAAGCGAUUGAUUACUUACUAGCCUUGCGUUUUUGGCCCAGAUCGCCAUUCACUAUAAAAUUCUAUUUAAACCGUCUCUCUCGUCCUCAUAACCAUUCAAUGUACCAAUUACGACCACGUGUUACCGCAGUAUCACCAUUGAAGCGCUUCUCAAAACCUCUAGUUGCCUCCUCUUUAUUGCUCAACCCAAAUCUCACACCUCGCUAUCCUCACUUUACCACCACCAACAGCAACAACCCCAAUCUUCAUAUUCAGACCCGUACCAAAUUCACUAUGGGCAGUACUCAAGACAUGAACCCGGGAAAGCCGGUCCUAUUCUUCGAUAUUGACAACUGUCUCUAUCCGAGGAGCACAAAAGUCCAUGACAUAAUGGCCAAACUCAUUGAUGAGUACUUCUCCAAGCACCUAGAGAUCCCUUGGGAUGAGGCUGUGAAACUGCACAAAGAGUACUACACCAACUAUGGCCUUGCUAUUGAGGGGUUGGUGCGCCAUCACCAGAUUGAUCCUCUGGACUACAACGCUAAAGUGGACGAUGCUUUACCCCUUGAAGAAAUCAUCAAGCCCAACCCUGAGCUACGCGAAAUCCUGGAGGACAUCGACAAGUCCAAGGUCACUGUGUGGCUCUUCACCAACGCCUAUGUGAACCACGGGAAGAAGGUUGUUCGCCUCUUGGGCAUCGAGGAUAUCUUCGAUGGUCUCACAUACUGCAACUAUGCGGAACAACCGUUACUCUGCAAGCCGGACCCCCGCAUGUACGAGAAGGCCAUGCGCGAAGCAGGCGCCGAGCGUGUGGAGGAUUGUUAUUUUGUUGACGAUUCUGCCUUGAACUGCACAGAAGCCAAAAAGUUUGGUUGGACAGCAGCUCAUCUCGUUGAGGAGGGAGUACCAGCUCCCAAGAACCCUGCUUCGCAAUACCAAAUCCAGCAUCUGCGAGAGCUACGGAACGUCUACCCGCAGUUCUUCAAAUCUACUUCAAACAAGGCAUAGAUUAUGGCAUUUGUGGUUGGUUACGAACUAGAGGGGAUUAUAGGGCAUAUGAUAGAGUUUUUAGACGGUGGCGUUCAAGGCGCUCACUCGGCUGAGGUACCUUUUGUAUCAUGGUUUUUCAACAAAAAUAAUAAAAUGUUCCUUUGCAUGGGCUGCCAGCCUUCCAUUUGGUUAUUCGUACCCUGAACUCCGCGCUGCGCAUCAAUAAACGUGUCAAAAACAGACCGAACCCGUAAUCAUGGCCGUCGUAUGCUGCGAAUAACACUGUCAAGCUCAGACAAAAUCUGAUCCUUCUCCUUGA